AUGGGUCUUCUCCCUCUCACUUACACACGUCCCAAGCAUGUGGACCAGGAGUCAUUCCGUAACAGCGGAGACUCGUUGUCUGGCACAGAAAAGAGUGAUGGAUCCGUCAAGUCUGGUCGCUCUGGCCACUCUGCUGGCAUUCCUGAUUCACUCGCUUUUGACAAGAUCAUCAGCGGCGGCACCUGUCCGCCCAUGACUGUCCGCGACUUCAUGAGCUACCUCAUCUAUGUCGAGCAUGCCGCCGAGAAUCUUCAGUUCUACCUCUGGUUCAAGGAUUAUGAGAAGCGGUUUAAUACUACCUCGACAGCCGAUAUCAAGCUGUCCCCUGAGUGGACACAGACUAUGCAAGACGAGACCGUUCUCAAGAUCCGAAAGGACCAAGCCGAUAAGAUGCGAAAGGAGCCCAAGGCGGCAGAGAUUUUCAAAGGCACAGACUUUGAAAAGAAGCGAGGCGCCCAGGAAAAUGUGUCGGGCGGAUCUGACCCGUUCGCGACACCUCCACAGAGCAGCAGAGGCGAUGACGGUUCAAUCUACACGGCAUCCAACACAGUCCAUUCGCUCAACGCUGCGAGCUAUCAGACCCAAGUCUCAGAGGCAUUCCAAGCGGCUGGGGCCCGGCAGCCUUUCACGAUCCAACCGUUCCGGGAAGAAAUCAACCGAGUCAUUGCGACGUAUCUGAUGGACGGUGCUCCUCGACAACUGAACUUGUCGUCUUGUGAGCAGAGGGCGGUUAUCCAAGCGCUGUCCCAAACGACUCAUCCAAGCGCGUUCCGCAAUGUCUUCAAGACGGUUGACUCGAGUCUUCGGCAUCAGGCUCACCCCAACUUUGUCAGAUGGUCCAUCUGCAACGGAAACCCUGCGCGCGUCUUCUUCGCACGAUCGUUGGGUGUGGGGCUGAUCGUGGCAGGCAUUGUGCUGGGCAUUAUUCUUGCCCUCAGCAGCGCGGGGCGAGGCUACCGGGCAUUGGUGGCGAUCGCGCUCGUACUGGGCAUCAGCACGCUGGUCGCAGCCUACAAAGGCAUGUGCGUCGUCCUCCACGGAAUGCAUCACCGGCACGUGAGGCCGUGGGAGCUGUUUGUGGACAGUGAAAACGUGGAUGACAUGGAGAAGCGAAGUUUUGAGUCGUUUGGGUCGUCCAACAGCUACGAGGAUGAGCCAUGGAUCGUCAAGUAUGAGAAGCGCAACGUUGUCCGCAAGGUGUUUGACCGCGAGGUCUGGAUCCAGGAGCCGGCACUGCGACAGAUCCAAGAUACAAUCUUCAUCCAGGCAAUCCUGGCUUCGGUCCUCUUCGGGGGUGUUGUGACGGCGGUAUUUGUGGCCGUUCCCGGGGGAGGUUACUUUUAG